UUUUUGUUGUUCAGCUGAUCGCAGGCGAUAGCAGGCCGGCCGAGCAAAAACUAUCAGUUUUACAAAGAUCUCCAUAUAAUAUUCUUCCAAAGAAUGGGAGCCGUUGUGUGGUUGCGGGUGCUUCUUUGUAUAACAGGACUUGGACUAUCUAUUUAUGCACUUCACGUUGAGACAUCGAAAGUGAAAAACAAGGAUUUUAAAGCGUUGUGUGACAUCAACGAGCAUAUGAGUUGUUCAAAAGUCUUCGCAUCAAAGUAUGGCACAGGAUUUGGAUUGGUUGAACCUGUGUUGGGCAAGAAUUCUCAACUCAACGUCCCCAACAGCAUUUUUGGAAUUUUAUUCUAUACACUUGUUUGUUUAAUUGGUUUUUCCAGCAGCAAGUUUGCAGCCUUCCUUAAUCUUGCUUUUUCUAUUGCAUCAUGCUUUGGUUCAUUAUAUUUAGGAUAUAUUCUGUAUUUUGUGCUACACGAUGUAUGUUUAGUCUGUCUAUCAACUUAUGUUGUUAAUGCUUUAUUACUUGUAUUGAAUAUAAUCUCUUUUGGACAGUCCACUACUACGAAAAAGUCCAAAAAGGAAUGAUGGUAAUAUUAUUGAUUAAAUAUUUAGUAUAUUUUGAUUUUUAAUAAAUGAAAUAAUUAAAUCAAAUGCUGUGUUUGGCUGCUAUAAUAUAAAUCAAAGUGUUGUGGAGACCAAUCAUGAAUGAUCUAACAAAUCAGUGCAGGGAAUGAUACAGAAAGUUUGAGGGGAGGCACCAGCCCCUUGGCACCUCCCUCGGAUCUGCUCCUGUUGUGUAUUUCUCAUACAGGAUAGAAUAAAAUACAUCCUCAGAGACUAGAAAUCCUGUUCUAUGUUGGCUUUUUUCAUGUUAAAAAAAUAUAAGGAAAAGAAAGAAGGAAAUGAAAGGAAAGGAAAAUUUGAAAAAAAAAACAAGAGGAAGUUAACAUGUAUCACAAAGAUUCUGUAUGAAGUUCUUAAGUUUUUCAAAUCAAUGAAGUCUCUCUACUCUAAUAAAAAAUCUUAUAUUUGACAUAUAAUUAAAUAAUAACAGCAUAAUGUAUAUGUAGUCAAUCAACAGUAAACAGUUGUAAAAAACACUAAGACAAUAACAAAGCCUUUUU